AUGGUUUUAUGCAUACUGCUGGGCAACAUUCACACAUUUCACACAAACAUUAAAAACAUCACCGGCCGUCCCACAGUGCCGUGUCAGAACGGGUGGGUGUACGAUAACGCCACCUUCAAGUCCACUCUGGCCACAGACUGGGAUCUGGUUUGUGAUAACAGAAGAGUGAACAGAGCCACGGCCACGAUCUUCUUCGUGGGGGUGAUGCUUGGAGCAGCAGUGUUUGGUUAUCUUAGUGACAGGUAUGGAAGGAAAAGCACGCUUCUAGUCUCCUACAUCUUCACCACCAUCUUUGGAUUUGCAAGUGCUUUCUCGUAUCAUUUCGCCGUGUUUGCCGUCAUGAGGUUCCUCACUGGGUUCGCAAUUUCUGGAGUCAACAUAAUCGCCUUGGUCCUAGGUAUUGAAUGGGUGGACAUCAAGCAUCGACCUGCAGUGGGCAUUUUCAUCAGCAUGGACUGGAGUGUUUGUACUCUCCUGCUACCUGUCGCUGCCUAUUUCGUGAAUGACUGGCGGUACCUUACGAUCACAGCAACCGCCCCGUUGUUUCUCGCAAUGCUGUCUUGGUGGUGGGUGCCUGAGUCUGCCAGGUGGCUGAUAAACAAUGGAAAGGUGAACAAUGCUCAUUUGUACCUAAGCAAGUGUGCAAAGGUCAACCGCAGAGAGCAAUUCAUGGCUGACCUGAAACCUGAGGUUCUGUCCAAAGCAAAACUAUUAGCCAAUGAAAACAGAAAAUAUUCCUAUUUGGACCUUGUGAAGACCCCCGCAAUGAGGAGACUCACUCUGCUUACUGGCGUUUUGUGGUUCGGGGUGGCUUGUACCUAUUACGGAAUCAGCUUAAACGUUGCUGGAUUCGGUGUAAACAUUUAUCUCACACAGUUCAUCUACGGCACAAUCGAAAUUCCAGCAAAAAACUUCGUCUUCUUCGUUUUGAACAAAAUAGGCCGAAGGCUGAAUCAGGCUGGAACAAUCGUUCUGACUGGACUCUGUAUAAUUUGCAACAUGCUUGUUCCUCAAGAUAUGACGCUCAUUCGAACCGCCAUUGGAACUUUGGGAAAGAUGUUUUCGGAGGCGUCUUUUGUGAUUGUGUCUCUGUACACAGCAGAGCUUUAUCCUACAGUCAUGAGACAAAGCGGAAUGGGUUACAGUUCCUUCAUGGCCCUCACAGGUGUGUCAGUGUCCCCUCUGAUCAUGGUUCUAGAAGAAGUGUGGCUCCCUCUACCAAGCCUUGUUUUCUCCCUGCUGGCUUUUGCUGCAGGACUCUCAGUUUGUUUACUUUCAGAGACAAGUAAUGUCAGCCUACCAGAAACCAUCGAAGACAUGGAAUUCAGAUGA